AUGAGCUCAAUCCAAGCUGCAGAAUUAGCCACACAACAACACCACGGUGGACAACAUUCUUCAACACACGACUGCGCUCGAUCACCUACGAGACGAGAUCACGAAGGUAGAAUGAUCCACCGUUCAUACUCUCCCACUCGCAAUCCUCUUGAAAGAAGUGACAACGUCAAUCACAUCCAUAAAUAUCCAUGUAGCACUCCUUCAGAUCGUUCUCUCAGAAACCAUCGAAUGGUUGACGAAAUAUGUUUCUACGAGCACAACCAUUCGAAAUACGACACUUCAGAGAUCAAAAGUAAUCCAGCUCUCUCAAUAGAACAAAAUCUCAACAACCACUGUAAAUACAAUACCAGGGACCAUCCUCACAGUCCUAGCAACGUCAUAACGAAACCUCAUUACUCAUCCUUAAUUGAUAACAAUGCUUUCACGUUCUCCACGCACACUUCUUUUCCACCGGUUGAACAUCCAAAAGAUGGUAAUUUGGAAAUUACAAGAAAAAGAAGAAGUGAUUGGUUGAACAUGUCAUCAUGCAACAUCAAUACGCAAAAUUAUCCAACGGCAUGUAAACACCCAAUUCGGCUCUUGACGCACGACAACGAAGAAACUCUUCAUGCCUCCAACAGUCCAUUUCGCACUGGCGAAGAUUGUCGUGAUUUCAUUAUCCAGAAUGGUUCAAACUCAUCCGUUUCAUCACAACAGUGUUCUCCAAGCAUGUCAUCUCAAAAGAAAAGCCCUUGUUCGGCAGACAGAUCGAUUGCUCUUACUACCAUGACCGUCGAACCCUUGAACAUGGAUCAGGCAACUACCAUGAGUCCUAUUCGUAUUCACUCAAAAACGAAUAAUGCAACCACUCCAUCUCUACCAACAUUGAUGAACACUCCUACUCUGAAAACUCCUACGCAUCCUACCAUUUCAAGUACAACUACUACUCUCAACGAAGUAACCACUGGCAAUUCGGCAGGUUCAAAACUUUGGAAGUUUUGUUCUCCUCAAACACCUGACUCGGUUCGUCAAUUGAGAAUUGAUAAACAACGAAAGAUGGAAAAGAUUAACUCGAUCAGAAAUACACCCAUCGUUACUAAAUGUGAUGUACUUACGGGAAGUUGUGUGUUGGAAUGGAAGGUUUCUGUGGUAGGUCAAAAGGAGAAACGAAAAGGUAACAUCGGUGGUGGUGCCAACAAGCAUAAACAACCACAAUCAACACGAACAAUUCCAAACGAACCACAAACUCCUUCUUCAUCUCCAGUGCUCUCGAGCGAAAAGACACCAAAUACUCCACAGUUCGCAUCGUCCUCUCCAGUCAUGAACAGAGCUCGAGACUCAUCACCUGUACGUAUUACCAAUACCUCCUCAUCCUACAAGGAUGAAUCAAACCUAUGGAUCGUUCAUCCCAACGAGGACGAGAAAUCUCCAACCUCAAUCUCCAACAUGUCCCCAACGGUUCAUCCUGCUCUAAUGACUGGAAGUCAAGAAGUAAUGAGGGAUUCCAAAAGAACUUUAUGCUCACCUCAACUUUCUCCUUUUGAGCUCGGCUCUCCAUUCAUAUCGCUGAGUACCACCAGUACUGCUUUGGCUCAUGUACCUCAUUCGGAGGUCAUGGUUUCAUCGGAUGCUUUCGUAUCGAGCAGAAAGAUACCACUUCAUCAAAAGAAACAACACCCUCCACAUCCCUUCACGAUCAGAACCUCCAUUUCGAUACAAGAUCUCUUGAAUUGA